CACAAACAAACUGAAAUCAUCCUGUCCGGCCAUGUUAACGUAGUACUCUUCAAGAAGUUUAUGAUAAUUUUGAUUUCCUUAUUUUGCUUCAUAAUUGGAUUUUACCAUCGAAAUUUUUCUUUUAAAAUUUAUUUUUCUGUUUUGAACAUUUAAUCAGAAACACUGGAACGCUAAUUUAUAUUAUGGAGCCUGUUUCAAAACGUCAAAAAUUAAUCGGAAAAAAAAUUGUCAAGAUUACUUCUUUAGCAACAGAUAAUCAAUCAGCAGGUAGUAUGUCGGAGAAAGAUUUCAAUAAUCCAUUUGCUGCUUUAUUUCCUUGUGGUGAAGAAAGUGAUGCUUUUAAAACAGGCGUAAUUUCAUCAGAACUUAUUGACAGACCAAGUAAAAGUGGUGCAUGUAGUUCACAAGAAUCUACAAACAGUGAAAUGCAGUCAUCUGAUACUGUUGUUCCUAAAACAGAUGAUGGUGAUAAACAUCUGGCUAGCCAUUUUUAUGAAGAUGUAUUUCGAAUAACUCUUUCAAAGGAGCCUUGCUGCAGUAAAAAUGGUCCUAUUUCCCUUGUGUUCUUAAAUGAAGUUCAUCAUGCUCUGCGUUACCAAGUGGAGUUAGAUGAAAACUGCAUUGAUCGAGCAGUAUUUGAACGUAUGUUAUUGGAAGAUCCUGCCCAACACAUUGUUCGUAGAAAGAAUUUCCACGAUGAUGAUAACAUUGCUUCUGAAAAAAGAGUCAUGUUCUAUUUAUAUCAAUCUUACCAUCGACUAAAGUCAACUGAUUUUAAGAUUAGACCAUUGGAAACAGCACAUCAUAUAAUUGUGAAUCAAACUGCCUCAGCACUUUGUAAUCCUGAGUUAUUUCCAGAUUCCAAACUUGCUGAAGACUUCAUGAAAUUAUUUUUGCAUUAUCAUGAAGAAUCAGGUCACUGUGAAAUUUUGUCUCAGUUUUUGAUUGAUGUAUCUACAUCCAUUAUUGAACUUGGGAAUGACCUAGUGUCAACAUUGAAAUCAUCUUUUGUUUACUUACAAACUAAGUUUUUACAUACUACAUUAUCGGACAGAAACUUAUUCAGAUAUAUCGAUGUUUUGAAUUAUUUCACUGGGUCAGAAAAUUUGAUCAAAGGAAUUAUUAAGUAUAGCAUGCCAAAAGAAAUAAAAAAUGGCAAAGCUUAUCAGAACAGUUUAUUGGGACUUCCUUUGGGUGUCUCAUGCCUUCCAAAAACAGAAAUUGAUCGUUAUGAAUUCUUUCAAGAUCCGUCAAGGUAUUCUUCACAAGAUCAUGCUAUCAUGGAAGAAAGAUUAUCAUUGCCCUUAACAAAUCUUGCAAAAAAAAUGCAUCAAUUCUUUGAUAAAAUACUGAGGAAAUCAGCUGAAACUCGGGAGAUGUUGCUGCAAUGGCUUGGAAGUUGCUUAGAUGCUAAUAAUGGACGUGCCAAAAUAUGGAAUAGUCAACUACCUGAAGUAUAUGCUUCUCUUCAUGCAUCUGAUGGUUUCAUGAUUAAUCUAACAGCUGUGCUGCUACAAUUAUGUAAACCAUUUACUGAGCCAUGUCAUCCAAAAUUAUUCAAAAUAAGUCCUUCCUAUUGUUCUGCACCAGUAUCAACUGAUUCCAAUAAAAAUGGUGUUCACAUUAAAAGCAUCUCAUCUGAAACCUGCCUCUUACCCAGAGAUGAACCUAUGACUGUAGAAGAUGUGAAAUACAAUUUUAUAUCUGAAAUAUUUUUUGCCACCCACUAUGCUUUUUGGAUUGGAUUUCAUGUUGUGUAUGAUAGAAUUCUGAAAUUAAAUCAGGAAUUAGUGAGAACUCAAAGACUUUAUGAAGAAGCCCGAUCACAAGGAGGAGAAUCUUCUGAAAUAGUUCAAAGAAUCAAAGAAAAUAUGGAAAAGGCUUGCUGGACCACAAUUAGAUCACUUUAUGACUAUGAUUUUAAUUUUUAUGGGUAGUCCAGAACGAGUUAAAAAUCCUCAUUUACGGGCUCAUUUAGCUGAGAUGCUGGAAUCUUUGAUGCCUUCUAAUGAAAAUGAACCUAGUACUCUGUUAUCAAGUGGUAUUUAUCGUGAAAAGUUGUUCACUUCUCAUCAUUUUGUGUCUGAAAUGAUUCCUACAUUAUUGAAAGUUUUUGUAAGCAUUGAGAGUCAUAGUGUUGCCUUUGAACAAAAGUUUCAGUAUAGACGGCCUAUGUAUAUAGCUCUUGAUUAUUUGUGGAAUUUUGAUGUCCAUAAGAUGAAAAUGAAGGAGCUGGCUGACACAGCUGAGAAAAAUAUGGAAUCUCCCCAUCCUCCAUUAUUUUUACAUUUUAUAAAUCUUUUGAUAAAUGAUGCCAUUUUUCUACUGGAUGAAGCUUUAACAUAUAUGAGCAAAUUACGUGAAAUCCAACAAGCAAGAGAUAGUGGGUCCUGGCAGUCUAUGUCUUCAGACCAACAACAGCGAGAAGAAGGGGAUUUCCAACAUAUGGGUCUACUUGCAAAGUUCCACAAUGUUAUGAGUAAUGAAACAAUUAAUACACUUCAGUGGCUCUCCCAAGAAAUUAAAUCCAUAUUUUGCCAUCCAACUAUCGUUGACCGAAUUACAGCUAUGCUUAAUUACUUUUUACUUCAUUUAGUUGGACCUCAGAAAAAGAAUUUCAAAGUAAAGGAUCUGAAAGAAUAUGAAUUUAAGCCCCAGGAGCUUGUUCGUGAUAUUUGUCGUAUUUACCAAAAUUUAGGUGCUUCAGAUGAUGCAUAUGCUGAGCGCUUUUGUUGUGCAGUUUCGAGGGAUGGAAGAUCAUACACUCAAGAUUUAUUUCCUCUUGCUCAAGUAGUGCUCAAUAAAAUUGGGCAGGGCGGUAUUGGUGCUCAAUUAGAACAUGUUGCCAAUAAGGUUCAUCAACUUGCUCUGAAGCAGCAGCAAGAUGAGGAAUUAUUAGCUGAAGCUCCAGAUGAGUUUUAUGACCCUAUUAUGAGCACAUUAAUGAAAGAUCCUGUGAAGCUUCCCUCAUCUGGUGUAACUGUUGAUAGAGCAACCAUUGCUCGACAUCUGUUAAGUGAUCAAACAGAUCCAUUCAAUCGAAGUCCUCUCACUAUGGAUAUGUUGAUUCCAGAUGAAGAGCUGAAAUUAAAACUUAGUAAAUGGUUUCAAGAAAGGAAAAAAUAGUCACAAUUGACUCUAUUGUAUUCAACUGGAAUUUUUAAAUACUUAUCUCCAAUGAAAUUUUAAUUAAAUACUCUUACACCCCAAAGCAGUUAUUUUGUAUUUUAUUGUGUUUGUUAUACAUUUUUAAAAAACUGCUGCUGGAAAUGUACAGCAGAUUUGUACUAUAAUCAUUUGAUAUUUAUGGGGUAUAUCUGUAAAAGUGUAUGAUUUGAAUGUAAGAAUUUGUAUAGUGAAAAUGUGCAUUUACACUUACACUGGCCCCUCUCAAUUUUGCGUGUAAGUAUUUAUUUUUCUUUAAGCAAAUACAAUUGAUUUAUAACACAAGUUUAAAGGCUUUUUUUUUCAUACCAUAUUUUCUUUACAUCCAUUCCAGAUUUGAAGUACAAUUGUUUUUGUAAAAGUGUAUGUUUUAGAAACUGCAUGAAGCAUUGAAAUUUAAGUUUGAAUUUUAUAAGUUUUUAAUAUUCUGUAAACUGUUAAAAUAAAAUUUGUUUUUCCUAAGUUUUUUUUAAAAAAAUGUUUAUAAUUUUGUUGUGAAAAUCUCGGUAAUAUAUAAUUUAUUAAGUUUACAGUAAGCAAUGUUCUGGUGCACAAAUGUUGUACAUUGUAAUUCUUUCAAAAUAAAACACCAUGUAUUGUAAAAAAA